GCUGGCGUUGUCGGCUCAGCAACCGCUCUGGAUUGAGAACGAAAUCGCCGUGGACUCCGGUCACAGGCUUGCGGGGCGCGGGCAGGGGGUGCGUGGGGACAGCGUCACAUUUGGGGGCAGCCGGAUGGGGACCCCCGUGCGGUUAAGGAUCCUCGGAUCCCACGCAGCAGGCGGGCGUAGAGUACCGAACGGGCGACCCCCGAGUUGAGGCGGGGGGAAGCGGUGCCCAGCGUCUGCAGCUUAGCGCGGGUUGGGGGCGGGGGGAUGCCGCCGACCGCGGGACCCAGGCUGGGCCAAGAGAUCGAAAAAGAAAGUUUGCUUGCUUGCCUCUCUAGUUGUCCCUCGGCCCCAGGGUGCAAAUCUAAAGAGCUGCCCCGGCUGGGGCGCGGGCGAUUGGGAGCCCAGGAACAGCCCAUCUUUUCCUGCGGUCCCCCUUUUGCAGAAGCAGGCGUGGGAGGGAGGACAGCCGUUUUGUCCCGCGGGCCACUGGGCUCCGCCGACUGGGGCGGGCCGGGGCGCAACCCGCGGGACACCCGGCUGGGGCGGGCGGCUGUCGGCGUCAGCCGCACCCCGGUUCCGCGUCGGCUUUCCAGCCCGCCCUCUAUUUGGCGAGGCUUUCUCCUGCGCGCCUACUGUGCGCACGCGGGCUGCCCCCUGCGCGCUGGGGGGCGCUCUGCAGCCUCGGCUCCCGGGGCCGCGACCCUCCCUCGCCGCCCUCUGCCCCUGUUCCCGAGGGCGGGCGCCCCGGGUCAGAUCAGGCUGUGUGCUUGCAAACUGUGCUUCAGGAAUCGGUUCUGGGGUACCUCCCUGUUUGGCAACAGGGUUUUUCCCCUGUUGUAGCCAGCCCCUGCCCUCGGUCACAUGCCGCCGCCUCUUCCUCCGCGGUGCCGGGAGCCCGCGUUUUGUUUGUCAGCAGUAAAGCGGUGUGGGCUAAGUUUGUGGUUUUAAGAAAGCCUGAGGGCCGGAAGGCAGCCCUGGAAGAAGCCCCUGCCCGUGGGCUGUUGGAACCUUGUGGUGCAGAGGAGAAGCCGUCCCCUCCUCCGGACUUAUGACCCGUGGCUUCGCGCCCAGUGUGCCCACCGCGUUCCACGAGAUGGGCUCCUUCCGCAGGCCCCGGCCACGCUUCAUGAGCUCCCCGGUGCUCAGCGAUCUGCCCCGCUUCCAAGCCACGCGGCAGGCCCUGCAGCUGAGCUCCAGCUCGGCCUGGAACAGUGUGCAGACUGCCGUGAUCAACGUCUUCAAAGGGGGUGGCUUGCAAAGCAACGAACUCUAUGCACUGAAUGAAAACAUCAGGAGGCUGCUGAAGAGUGAACUUGGAUCAUUCAUUACAGACUAUUUCCAGAAUCAGCUUCUUGCCAAAGGCCUGUUGUUUGUGGAGGAGAAGAUUAAGCUGUGUGAAGGUGAAAAUCGCAUUGAGGUUCUGGCUGAAGUGUGGGACCACUUCUUCACUGAGACUCUCCCCACCCUGCAGGCAAUAUUUUAUCCAGUUCAGGGCCAGGAGCUGACCAUCCGCCAGAUCUCUCUGCUGGGCUUCCGCGACCUGGUCCUGCUGAAGGUGAAGCCGGGCGACUUGCUGCUGGCCCGGUCCCAGCCGCCCUCAUCCAUUGUCCAGAUGUUGCUCGUCCUGCAGAGUGUUCACGAGCCCACAGGCCCAAGUGAGGGUUAUUUGCAGCUGGAGGAACUGGUGAAGCAAGUGGUGUCUCCGUUCCUCGGCAUCAGUGAGGACCGCGGUGUCUCGGGUCCCGCGUUUAUGUUGGCGAGACGCCACUCCAGGGUCCGGCCCAAGGUGGCUGUCCUGAACUACGCCUCCCCAACGACCACCGUCAGCCGGCCGCCGAAUGAGACGGCUCUGACCCCUCUGACGGAGCAAGAGGGGGAGGCCUACCUGGAGAAGUGUGGCAGCGUCCGAAGGCACACGGUGGCCAACGCCCACUCAGACAUCCAGCUGCUGGCCAUGGCCACCAUGAUGCACUCAGGCUUAGGCGAGGAGCCUGGCGGUGAGGACAAGUGCCUGCUCCUGCCGCCCAGCUUCUCCCCACCCCACCGACAGUGCUCCAGUGAGCCCAACAUCACCGACAGCCCUGAUGAGCUGGAGGAGGUGACAGGGGGCAGCCAGGGGGACUCUGAGCUGAACUGUGCUUCCCUCGGCUGAAUGCCCGCCUCUGGGACUUCCCAGCUCCGGCCUGGUCACCAACACGAGGACCGCCCCAUCCCCAGGGGCUCACCAAGGGGCUCUUCCUGCGGGUGACGCUGCCCGUGUCAGGCCUAGCCCAAGUGCCCUAGUGGAAAUCCCGGGUGUGAACCUCUCUGUUUUUGUGACUAUGACCAUCUCUUUACAGCCACACAGACCCAACUGCCUAAUGUUCACUUUCUGCUUGCCUGACUCCAGACCCCCCCCCUGGGAUUUUCUCCCAGAUGGUGGACUGUCCGACGCUCCCAAUGAUGCAGCCCAGGGCCCCCCUGGCGUUAUGAUAGCAGGAGGUCGGCUGAGCCACACACAGAGCCAGAGAGGAUGCGUCGGCCUCUGGGGUUCCCCGUUAGGUUCUUGUGAUGCGGGGCUCACAGGUGAGAACAGGUAGUGGAGGGGUGUCCUUCCCGCCUAGUCUGUGGGGAGUGGAAGGAGGCAGCAGCCCGACCAAGCACGACUCUGGGAGUGUACCUUCCUUGUUUUAGUUUCACAAUUACUGGAAAGAGUUGCCCCCCUCACGCGGGUGAGGGCCAUUCUCACCCGGAUCCAGAUCCUACCUGCCACCUUUGCCUUUUGGCCCAGGAGGGCUUCGGGGCUGGGGAAGUCCCCUCUUUGACAAAGCCUCAGCAUUUCCCUCUCAGGCCUCCCCACCAAGCUCAAGGAACUAACCUCCUGGGUGGAGUAGCUGGUGCCUUCAUUCCUCUUUCAUUUCAGACACUGAGCAUUUUCCUGUUGUGGGUGAGGGGCCAGCUGAUAACCAACCAAUUAGUCUGUUCCUGGAUUUGACUUGAAUUUUGUAAAUGUGCAUCGUUUCAAAAGGAAGUGUUUGCAAAUAUUUGCACGUAGGAUCUUGCACUGCUCAUUUCCAGUGGGGUGUGUCCUCAAACUAGAAAAUAGCCCCCCCCCAGGAAAGGAGUCUGGAAGUUGUUCAGGGCGCAGGGGAUCCGUGGUGGGCAGGGCUCAUCAGCUGCUGAGCGCCGGAAGCCACUGGACUUGAAUCCAGAACGGCCUGUGUUUGUGAGUGUCACGGUCGACAGCACUGAGGCUGGGAGCCUCACUUUGCCUCGUGAGCAGAGGGUGGCAGCAAAUGGAAUGUCUCAAUGCUUCACCAUAGAGGGAGAUGGGGGAAAUGUGGGCAGGACCUUUUGGAGAGCUGUUCAUUCCCUGUGAUUAAAGAAAUGCCAGAAGUGCCUGGAAUUUCUAACAUCUGAGCUCUCAAAAUGCUAUUUGGGGCAGCAGGCUUUGGUACUGUGCUGAAUCCUUAACGCUGCUCCCCCAGGUCUGGGCUUUUGAUCCACCUAGAACCCCUGUUCUUCUCUUUGUAUCUGCCUGGUGGCCUCACUGGUAACGCAUCCCGAAAAGCGAGAAGGAUCCCCUGAACCCUUCUGGCACCUUUUAGGUGUGCUGUUGGUCUUUGGAAACUGUUUAUGAAGUCUCAGAGACAGGAGCCAGCUUGGCCUCCAGUAUGGCAGGAGGAGGCUGGGAGAGGACGAGGACAGUGUAAGCUGCCAGCAGGGGAAGAGGCCUUCUAAGCACAUCGAAGCCUUGAUGGCACAUCCCUUCUGGGUGAAGAUCUGGAACGUGACCAGAGUCAUGCUUUUUUGACGGCUUCUGAUUUGGAAACUUUAAGAAGUUGUCUCAUUUUUAUUCUUCUAAGAGAGGGUGGAAGAGAAGUGUCCAAAGGAGGUCUUCUGAGAAUUUCAAACAAAAAAUUAUCUCUGUGUAUGUGUUGGAUAAAGUCCACAAAUUGACUAACGUGCGUUAGCAAAUAGAACGUCAGUAAGUAACAACAUGAUGAUUUAUUUAACUGAUGGUGUGUGUCCUUACUGGUACACUUGGCACUUGGGACUAGUAUUUAUUGAUCCAGGCAAGGUAAUUAAUCAGGCUUGGGUUUGCUUUUUAGUUUACAACGUUCAAGAUCUAUAUGCUUUUAAAUGCCUUGUCCGUAUACUAAAUGCCCCUGAUGAGGACAGCAGUCAUCGGUUAAACAUGUCAGCUCUUAGGAUGAGAAUGGGAGUGUCAGUCCAGACCCACUGUACUUACUUGCUGAUGACUGUUAGCCAGUUUACAACUUCACCUUUGAUGUACCUGCCUGAUCUCGUACUGUAAAUAUUUCAGACUACACACACCAUUUUGUUGAUGCUUAUGGGCAUUUUAGCCAUCUGAGCUACGGCAAGAGUGAUGGCUGUGUUUGCAACCACUUUUUUGCCCCUUUAGAAGAUGAAGCUAGAAUCUUCCAGUGGCUGAGUUCUAAUGACAGGAAGCUAACACGACUCGGAGCUCUGAGUGAGCUCACAAACCAAAAACCUUUCAUGUUGCCUGUUUCCAAAAUAGAUUCAAUAAACGUCAUUUUGUACACGUC